GCCCAGGCUCCUGUCUUGUCUCCCAGGCGCCACACCUCUCGCUUCUUCCUUAGGUCCCACCUUGGCCGAAGAGCCCAACCAGGCAGCAUGCCUCCCAAGAAGCCGGAGCCUAAGAAGGAGGCGGCCAAGGCCCCAGCCCCAGCCCCUGCCCCUGCUCCUGCUCCUGCCCCAGCCCCUGAGCCACCCAAGGAACCUGCCUUUGACCCCAAGAGCGUCAAGAUAGACUUCUCUGCGGACCAGAUCGAAGAGUUCAAAGAGGCCUUCUCAUUGUUUGAUCGGACUCCAACUGGAGAGAUGAAGAUCACUUAUGGACAGUGCGGGGAUGUGCUGCGGGCCCUGGGCCAGAACCCCACCAAUGCUGAGGUGCUGCGUGUCUUGGGCAAGCCCAAGCCUGAAGAGAUGAAUGCCAAGAUGCUGGACUUCGAGACAUUCCUGCCCAUCCUGCAGCACAUCUCCCGCAACAAGGAGCAGGGCACCUACGAGGACUUUGUGGAGGGGCUGCGAGUUUUCGACAAGGAGAGCAACGGCACUGUCAUGGGUGCAGAGCUCCGGCAUGUGCUGGCCACCCUGGGGGAGAAGAUGACGGAGGCUGAAGUGGAGCAGCUGCUAGCCGGGCAAGAGGAUGCCAAUGGCUGUAUCAAUUACGAAGCCUUUGUCAAGCACAUCAUGUCUGGGUGAAGCCAGCUCCUGAUGGUGCCCGGCUCUUGGCUUUUGCCAUCACAGGGUGGGUGAGCAAGAGGCCUGGAGAAACUGAGCUGGAGCCAGAGACCCAGAUCUGUCACUGCACCACAGCCCUUCCUGUAAAUAAACAGCCUAGGCAAAGCUGGGCCGAGUUCCCUGGUUCUAA